AUCACCAAAGUUAAACUCCAUGUGCUUGCACACCUUCCUGAGGAUAUCUGCCGAUUUGGUCCAGCUGUGAUCUUUGUGACAGAGAUUUUCGAGUGCUUCAAUGCUGUCUUCCGUAUGUGCAGUGUACUGUCAAACCAUCUGGCCCCCAGUCGUGAUAUCGCUAUUACACUUGCAGAUAUGGAGCGAUUCAAGCAUCUGGUCAGUGGUGGC